CCUUGUUUUCUGACCUCAGUCCCAGCAGACACUGCUACCACUAGUAGAGGUAUUUGUAGUACUUCCACUUGAAUUCAGCGUCGAAUUCUCUUCGACGCGCAACAAGCUAACGCGAUAUCCGCGUUGGACGGGCAUCAUGGCGAAACCACGGAUCACAGCGGCCCCACUCAUAAUUCUCGUUCUGCUGAUCGGCGCGUCCUCGGCCCACCUCGCAACAGCAACCGUCACGAGUGGUAAUAAUGUUUCCAAGGCCUCUCAGGACGUGCCGAACGUCCCUAAUAAGGACAAAGGCUCCUUCUCGCCCCAUGCUUCCAAGCAUACUCAAGCUCAACUGCAUGAAGACGGCGCCGACGCCGACGUUGAAAAAUAUCAUGUUCCUCCGACGCAUCGUCCGAUAAUGAACCAUCAUGCCGAUCAUGCCGAUCAUGCCGAUCAUGCCGAUCAUUCCGAUCAUGCCGAUCAUGCCGAAAGUGUCAUCCCCACUCCGAAGGCUCUUCAGAAAAUCGACGCUGCUCACGCGCCUAUGCCGCCGUAUCCCGCUGGUCCGCCCCAUCCCGCUGAUCCGGCCAAGCCGCCCGCUGGUGCGCCCCAUCCCGCUGGUUCUGGAGGCAAGGCAUCUGGGAAGAGCGCAGCUCGUGGCGAAGGCGCACAUCCCAAGGUCGCAGCUAAUAACGUCACAAGCGCUCCAGGAAAGGGCGGAGCACGUAAGGGCGCCGCAGGAAAGGGCGCCGCAGGCAAGGGCGCGGGCGCAUCAAGCAACGGCUCAGCUGGAAAGGGCGCACGCGGCGUCAAGCAGGACGGCGGCCGAAACGGGAAUGGCGCUUCGAGAGGGUUCCACAACGCAGCAUCAGCCGGGAAUGUGGCGAUUCACAACACGAGCACAAACGGCACAACUGCUAUGUCGGCUAGCGGCACGCUGACUACAACGGCGGGAAACAGCACGAACGGCACCGUGCCGCUCACAAUGGCGGCAAACGGAGUGAAUUGCACAAACGGGACGUCUACGAUGGCUCCGAACAGCACGAACGCGGACGGCACGAACGACUCGAACAGCACUGUGCCAUUUAUAAUGGCGCCAAACGGCGCGAACUGCACAAACGUCUACGAUGGCUCCGAAUAGCACGAACGCGGACGGCACGUUUACCAUGGCAGCAAAUGACACGAACACAAACGGCACCGUGCCAAACAGCAAUCCCAAGACGAGCCAGCACCACACGGGGAUUCACAGGGCAUCGGCAAAGGACGUGGCGAUUCUGCACAAGAAUCAGAACCAUGGCGCUGCCGCAGUGGCGCCAUCUGCCAAUCCCAAGUCGAGCCGCUGGCAGCACCGAGUGGGAAUUCACAAGUCAUCGGCCAAGGAUGUGGCGAUGACUCGGCACAGAAAUCAGAAUCAUGGCGCCGCACACGCCACGGCGUCAUCCACCGGCAAUCCCAAGGCGAGCCAGCACCGCGCGGGAAUUCACAAGUCAUCAUCGGCCAAGGAUGUGGCGAUGACUCGUCAAAGAAACUCGGCGAAUCGCGGUGCCACAGCCAAGGCGUCAUCCCAUCCCGACAACUCCAAGUCAAACGCACGCGGCAUGGGAAUCCACAAGGCAUCAGCUGUCGAUGUGGCAAUUCGGCACAGAAAUCAGGCGAGUCGUGGCGCCGCAGCCAUGGCGUCAUCCCAUCCCGGCAACUCCAAGGCAAACGGACGCGGCGUGGGCUUCCACAAGGCAUCAGCCGAGGAUGCGCCAGUUACUCACAGGUCCACGCCACUGCUGAAAGAAGGCCAGGACGGCAGGAAGCAGAACGGCGUUGAAAACGGCAGGAAGGGCGCCAUGAGGGUGUCAACGCGCGGCGAGACUAGCUUCAACGACCGGUUUGAGCUUGAGGGGGUGGAGUUUCACAAGGCGACGAGCGACGAUGUGGCUCUUCACAGGAGGAACCGUGGUGCUGAAAGGAGCAGCAGCAGGCACGGAGUGAAUCGCGGGGCUGAGCGGCUUGGCUCCCUUUCAUCUGCACAGGGCAAGACCGCUGAUUACGGUGGUGACUACAAUGAUGAUUAUGGCGGUGGUCACUACAAUGGUGAUUAUGCCGGUGGUCACUACAGUGGUGAUAAUGGUGGUGACUACAGUGGUGAAUACAGUGGUGAUAAUGGCAGUGGUGGUGACUAUAGCGACGGUGACAGCGGUGGUGGUGACAGCGGCAGCGGCGGCAGCAGCGGCAGCAUUGACAUUGCUGCGAUUCUCGACAUGCACAACGCCGCCCGGCGGGAGGUAUGCGUCCUGGACCUGGCAUGGGACGACGGUGUGGCAGCAGCGGCGCAAGACUGGGCCAACAACCUCGCCUCCAGGGGGUGCCCCUUGGAGCACGGCGGAGCAGAUGGGCUCGGGCAGAACUUGUACUGGCGCGCGCCGGCGGGGUUGACCCCUGAGGAAGAUCGCAUGGCUGUGCAGUCAUGGGUGGAUGAGAAGGCGGACUGGACGUAUAGCCCCGUACCCGAGGGGUGUGCGGAGGGGAGGAUGUGUGGGCACUACACGCAGGUGGUGUGGGGGGAGACGACGCAUGUGGGGUGCGCGUCGGCACAAUGCCCGGAUGGUGGCGGCAUAUGGGUGUGCGAUUACUCGCCCCAAGGGAACGUCAUCGGUUCCACUCCUUUCUAGGUUGCUUGAAAGGAAAAGAGAGGAUCGUUCGCCCACAGGCGGCAUCAUUGAGUCUAUUCCUUACUUGAGUGGCAGUCUGGCAUAUGUGUUUUGGGGUAAUACGGUAGGAGCCUAUUAUGAGCUGGUGCAGUGAGCCUUCUUGUGAAUGCAGUUCAGAAGGGAAGGGAUGUUGCAUUUUUGGCUUUUGUGUACAUGGAAUUGUGCUUAGUGGCU